UCAGCCGCCGCCUCCCCCGAAACCCUGGGAGACCCGCCGGAUUCCGGGGGCCGGGCCGGGGUCAGGACCCGGCACCUCUUUCCAGAAACCAAGAGGGAAGAAAAAGUCUCUUACCUCUUCGGCAGCUCCAGAGUUUUCCCGGACUCCCUCCCGGCUAGCUGUGGCACAUUAGCCCCCUUCAGGCUGAGUUCUCGCCGCCAGCCCCAGUCCUCUCCCUGCGCUCUGACCGAAGCCCGAGCCUCAGCUUCCAGCGCUGCGCGCCCCGGCGGGCGAGCAGACAAGCCUCUCGGGCUGGUGAGUGCCGCUCGGCACUGAUCCUCUGUGUGGGGAUCUCUCCGCUUUGCCCUACCCAGAUCUGCUGAUUUGGGUCCUACUUUAUUGACAAGACCUGGACAACCAACACUUACCAGAGUGCCACCGCCUAUUCUUCCAAGGCCAUCCCAGCAGACAGGAAGCAGUAAUAUGAACACUUUCAGACCUGCUUACAGUUCAUUUUCUUCUGGAUAUGGUGCCUAUGGAAAUUCAUUUUAUGGAAGCUAUAGCCCUUAUAGUUAUGGGUAUAAUGGGUUGGGCUAUAACCGCCUUCGUAUAGAUGAUCAUCCACCUAGUAGAUUUGUUCAGCAAGCUGAAGAAAGCAGCAGAGGUGCAUUUCAGUCCAUUGAAAGUAUUGUGCAUGCAUUUGCCUCUGUCAGCAUGAUGAUGGAUGCUACCUUUUCAGCUGUCUAUAACAGUUUCAGGGCUGUAUUGGAUGUGGCAAACCACUUUUCCCGAUUAAAAAUACACUUCACAAAGGUUUUUUCAGCUUUUGCAUUAGUUAGGACUAUAAGGUAUCUUUACAGACGGUUACAAUGGAUGGUAGGUUUAAGAAGAGACUCUGAGAAUGAGGACCUGUGGGCAGAAAGUGAAGGAACUGUGGCUUGCCUUGGUGCUGAGGACAGAGCAACUAACUCAGCAAAAUCUUGGCCAAUAUUCUUGUUCUUUGCUGUUAUCCUUGGUGGUCCUUACCUCAUCUGGAAACUGCUGUCUACUCACAGUGAUGAAGUUACAGACAAUACCAACUGGGCAAGUGGUGAGGAUGACCAUGUAGUCGCUAGAGCAGAAUAUGAUUUUGUUGCUGUAUCUGAAGAAGAAAUUUCUUUCCGUGCUGGUGACAUGCUAAACUUAGCUCUCAAAGAACAGCAACCCAGAGUGCGUGGUUGGCUUCUGGCCAGUCUUGAUGGUCAAACAACAGGACUUAUACCUGCUAAUUAUGUCAAAAUUCUUGGUAAAAGAAGAGGUAGAAAAACAGUGGAAUCCAGUAAAAUUUCCAAGCAGCAACAGUCUUUUACCAACACAACACUAAUUAAAGGAGCAACAGCUGCUGAUUCUUUGGAUGAACAGGAAGCUGCCUUUGAAUCUGUUUUUGUUGAAACUAAUAAGGUUCCAGUUGCACUUGAUUCCACUGGGAAAAAUGGAGAUAAACAAGAUCUUUGAUAACUUUCAUGUUUACCUGCAGCUGAACUAUAUACUUCAGAGUACUUUUAAAAAAUUUCUUCUUACAAAGAAAUUAUUCUUCAAUCCAAUGAAAACAUUUGUUAAUGGCUAUUCCAGAUGUUUUGCUGCUAGAAAUUAUUAAAGUUGUACACUAGUAUGUUGGUCUAGUGACCUGGUUACAUUUUACGAGUUGUUAUUGGACCAUGAGGAUAUUUGUUUUACCUAGAUUUUAAGAUUAUGGAGACUAUCAUUUUCAUCUUAUUUAAAACCCUGUGUUUAUUGAAAGAAUAAGAUUCACGAACUAUAGAAUACACAGUUUGCUACAGUAGGGAUCACUAAUGCAUUUUAAAAUUCUAGAUUAAUUGACUUGGAAUCCUCAAAAGUUGAGUGACAGCAUAUAAAUAUCAGAACAGGCAAAAAGGCUAAUUUUUCUACAAACAGAAUAAUAAAAAUAUUCUGAUGUGUAUUACAUCCAGUAUUGGGUUUGCUUUAGGCAGUAGUAAUAUGUUUUCACCCACCGACAAUUGAUACUUUUAUCUUUUAUUGUAUUUUUUAAAAAUUUAUCUUGGAAAAGUCACUAGAAGCAUUGUGAAGGAAAUGGUUCCAGGGUGACAUAUAGCCCUAAUAGUUUUCCCUGCUAAUAAAGAGGCUAUAAUUUAUCUUUCUUACAGAUUAUUUCCAUUUCUUCAGAGGAUCAUCUCCCUUUACAGUAUGAUUAGUUUUCAUCCUGGGUGAAUCAGAAUACAUAUAUGAAAGAUUUACUUUGUUUUCCUCCAGCCAAGACUCAAGUCCUUUGAGUUUCCAACUCAGUUCUAGCAGCAACGAUUUUAAAUCUUUUCAUAGAUUCUCUGCUUCUACCUAAUUAACUUUUUAAAAUUCCAUAUUCAGGCUGUUCUUUAAACAUUGAGAGUGCGUCACAUUGGGUACACAUUUCUUUUAGGUUUGGUUUUUACUACUGAGACUAUAAAUACAAUGCUGAAUUGCCAUUUAGAAUAUGAUAAUGCCAGUUGACUUGUUUUUUGUUUAAUAAUGAUUUUAAAUCUAGUUAAAUUUCAGAACACUGAAUAUUCCCCCACAAAACUGGAAAAUUCAUGUACUUGCUGUGAUCAUACUACAAAAAUAAUACUAUCAGGAAUACAGGGUACAAUAAUACAUUUACAUAUAUUGUUGAAAACUUGGAAUUAUUUGAUAAAGAUUUUGAUUUAGUAUUUUUAUCUUUCUUCUUACAGACUUUAUGUUCAACAAGUAAGUAAUUCUAGAACAGUUCAAACUAAAACAUUAGGAACCAAGUAUGUGUAUAAUCAACAUAGAAUUUUACUAAAGGCUUCUUGGGAAUCUCUCUUUUGAGACAAUAUAAUAAGUAAUAUAUCAUUUAAAAUACAAAUGUUGACCCCAUGCAGAAAAAGUAAUAAGAUAGUAAAAUCUGUUUAUCUUAGGCAUGUUUUUCUAACACCCGGUUCUUCAAACCUUCAAGUUAAGGAGAUUGAGUUACUUAUAUAUUAUUUUCCAUUUGUGUUCUACAAUUAGAGGUUCUGCUUUGUUUGUUAGAAAGUAAUUUAUGGAAAUUUUGUUAUUGAAACAAUUUUUGAUAAAUUAUUAAAUUUGGCAUUGAGACAUCUAAAUUGAAUACUAGAAGUGAAGUAGAGGUGAAAUGUUGAGUCGGCGCUAUUUAGAUUAGAAAAGUUGGGUCUUUAAGAUAGUACUUGUGAUUGCUAUUAAAAAUGUAUAGAAAAAAGAGUAUAUAGUACAGAAUGAAUGACAAAAAUAAUUUGACUUGGGACAUCCCUGGUGGUCCAGUGGUUAAGACUCCGAGCUUCCAAUGCAGAGGGCACGGGUUCCAUGCCUGGUGGUCGGGAAACUAAGAUCCCACAUGCCUGCAUGGCAUGACCAAAAAAAGAAAAAAACUGACUUUUCUUAGGGUGUUUUGGUUUUGUUUUGUUUGUUUGUUUUUGGUUAAGAAUGCUAAAUUGCAAUGUAUAUUAUCUGACUGGUAACUAUUUGUGUCUGAAAAUUCCUUUUCUAUUAAGAAUCUAGAAAAGGAAUUUAGGACUAGAAUAAGCAGAGAAAUUUUGUAACCUUUUUUAGAUGACUAAAUGUAAUGUUUAAGGCUCUAAUAUUGUUAUUUUUAGGAACUUCUUUAAGUACUGCUACUUUACAGAAAUUACUAACUGAAACUAAAACACUUGCAAUUAAGUAAAAUAAUAAAUCACAAGUUAAAACAAGAAAACAGGUUUCAUUUAAAAUUUUUUUCUGAUUGUAGUUUAUCAGUGUAGAAAGGAAAAGGUAAGAGGACUAUAAAUUUUCAUAUUUU